AUGUUCUUUGGCGGCAGCCGUGAUCCGUUCGAGCGAGAGGUCCUGCGUAAUGUCAACAUGGUGGCGGUCGACGAGCUCAGCGACGAGGCCAUCGCAGCUGCCCGCGCGCGCCGCAGCCGGGAGAGCGCGUUCCUCAAGCUUGACCUGGAGGAGGUGGAGCUGCCAGAGAACCACCCCUGGGCUGUGAGGAGGCCGGUGAGCCUCUGA